CUUACUUGACUGUCGUGAAGAGUGUGUGUCGUUCGAGUUAAUAUUUAUAAAAAAGGCAUUUAUUAUUACGAUUUAACGUGUAAUAGGCGUUGCGUACAACAGUAGCUAUAGAAUGCUAUAUAUUAUUUAUAUAUGUACUUAAUAAUGUUAAUAAUAAAGCGUAAAACAGUGUAAAAUUGUAUUGUUUUGGUUCCAUUCAAGUCUAUUGAUUUAUCGUAUACCACUGACCCGUUUUUUCGUAUUUGUUAUGUGAAUCUCGUAAAUAUUUAAUAGUAGUCGCAAUAGGUCAGUGCCCCGCGUCGUAAUGAUCUUUUAGAACCGUGAUCAGACAGCGGAUGAAAUAGAGAAUGAACUGAUCUAUGUGAGAUUCGGUAAUUAGUUAAAAAAUUUGUUAUUUCGUUAUGGUGUAUAAUCCACAAUGAUGACACCCAUCGAGGAGAAGAAAGAUGAAAAGAUCCGCACAGGCAUGGUGCAAGUAUCCGAUGGUAAGUCGCGACCGCGGCCCGCGCGGCUCGUGCUCACGAUGGAGUCGGUGACGGUGCAGCGCGAGGUGAUCGUGCCUCCUCAGCUGCCUCGAGACAAGACCGUGCCGCAUGCCAGGGAGCGUAUGGUCCAAAUAACUCGUCAGAAAGUUGGCGGAUUGGGGCUCAGUAUAAAGGGCGGUGCGGAACAUAAACUGCCCAUUCUUAUCUCAAAGAUAUACAAGGAUCAAGCCGCGGAUCAAACGGGUCAGCUCUUCGUAGGGGACGCUGUAAUUAAAGUGAACGGUGAAUACAUAACCGCUUGUAAACACGACGAUGCGGUUAACAUACUACGAAACGCCGGAGACAUCGUCGUACUCACCGUUAAGCAUUACCGCGCCGCUACGCCGUUUCUGCAAAAACAAGCGGAUGGAGCGUCAGACACAGAUAGCAGCACGGGAGACGAACACCCGUCCCUACAUAACAAAGUAGAUGCCAAUUGUAAUAAUGAACGCACCGAAACUAAUGGGGGGUGGCAGAGUGCAUGGGACGGUGAUGAGAGCAGUCGACCGGGAAGUGCGGCGGGUUCGAUGCGCGGCUCGAGACCGCCGUCUGUGGCCUCCGACCGUCUCCCGGACGGCAGUAAGGAGUGGGUCGAUGUGGUUUCCGUACCUCUCAUGAUGGGCUACGUGACGCGAUACGUGUUCGGUACUGAUAAAUUAAGGCCAGGCGCUUUUGAGGUUCGUGGUGCGAGGCCUUCGCAGAGUACGGGCGUAAUCCACGUGGACGACCCCGCCGCGCUGUCGCACUGGCUCAAGGGCGUGUCCGACAACAUCACGGGCCUCACCAACCUGCAGAUGAAGCUGUUCAACCGACACCUGCCGGGGGGCGAGAGGAUCGAGUACAUGGGCUGGGUGCACGAGGGCGUGGUUGCUGCUGCCCAGUCCUGGCAGAGCUACCGGCCGCGCUUCCUGGUGCUGAAGGGGACCGACGUCAUGCUCUUCGACGUGCCUCCGAUGAACGUAACCGAGCUGGCCAAGUGUCCAGAAACGCUGAAGGUGUAUCAAACGAUGUUCCGAACGGUGAAGGAGAGCGAAAUGGUGGACUGGAGGCAGCACUGCUUCCUGGUUCAGAGCUCAGCUGGAAGUCUGUCAGCGCCGGGUCCUCGGUACUUCAGUGCGGAGACCAGGCACGAACUGCUGCGUCUGGAGGCCGCCUGGACCGCUAACAUCGUUAACUCCGUUGUGAGACUGGAGAAGAAGACGUUCACGGUGGUGCACGGCGGGCGCCCGGCGGGCCUGACGCUGGACUGGGCGGGCGGCUUCUCGCUCAGCGAGGGCGGGCCCGGCGCCGCGCCGCUGUGGGCCUACAGAUUUUCACAAUUGAGAGGAUCGAGUGAUGAUGGGAAGUCCAAGCUUAAGUUACACUUCCAGGACACCGAGACGAAGGUUAUUGAAACGAAGGAGCUGGAGUGCCAGAUCCUGCAGAGCCUGCUGUUCUGCAUGCACGCCUUCCUCACCGCGAAGGUGGCUUCCGUCGACCCCGCCUUCCUGGCCUCCAUCCAGCACCACUGAUCACUCGUACACACAUAUAAAUGUACAUACGUAUAUUUUGUAUGUAAAACAUAAUUUAAUUUGCUAAUUUUUAACGUCCUGUGACACUUAAUUUUCGAUUUUUUGGGUUAAAUCUAUUGAAAAUUUCCCUGAA